UUAAACAUUUAAUAAGAAUCUAAUGUUAAAAUAAUAUUAAGAAAUAUUUCUAUAGAAAUUAAAGCCGACUUAAAUAUCAAUCGGUAUAUUUGACAUAAUAACCAAUAUGGCGUCUCCAAAAACAAUGUUCCAUUAAUGAGCAACUUAUAUAUGCAGAAAAGUUCUUCAAACAAAAGUGGAUGAAAUUGUUAACGUGUACUGUUUUUAUUUAUCAUUUAUUCUAUUCAAAUUCUUAUCUAUAUAUUGAAUAUAUAAAUACAUAUUUACAGUUGCAUUUGCAGAGGGGAUAUUAUAUCUCUCAAAUAUUUGCCUCUUAAAACAUAUUCCUAUUACAGUUGAAAAAACUAAUUUUCAAUAGUGUUUAAUCAAGUUUCAAACAUUUUCUAUUAACAAUAGUAAUAUCUAAUGAAUAAUAAAGAAUACUUUAACGUAUAAGUUUGAAAACAAAAAAAAAGAAAAGUGGAGUGUCAUCUAACAGUUAAUGAAAAGUUGCAGAUUAUUUUCAUACGGUGUUGUUUAAAUGAGAAAGAGAGAACAUUGACAUGUUUUUAUAUUGAUAUCAUAUGAAUAAUAGUCUCUUGUGUUCAAAGUUUUAAAUAAUUAAACAGAAAGUGUGUAUGCUACUGUGUCUCAUUUAAGUAGUCAAAUAUAACAAACAAAACAAAACCAAACAAAACAAACAGUGACAAAGAUGCAGACUAUAAAAUGCGUUGUGGUAGGAGACGGAGCUGUUGGUAAAACUUGCUUAUUGAUUUCCUACACUACGAAUAAAUUUCCAUCGGAAUAUGUGCCUACGGUGUUCGAUAAUUAUGCAGUUACAGUCAUGAUUGGUGGUGAACCAUACACUUUAGGAUUAUUUGAUACUGCUGGUCAGGAGGAUUAUGAUCGACUACGACCACUCAGUUAUCCACAAACAGAUGUAUUCCUAGUAUGUUUUUCUGUUGUAUCCCCAUCAUCUUUUGAAAAUGUUAAAGAAAAGUGGGUACCAGAAAUAACUCAUCAUUGUCAAAAAACACCUUUUUUACUUGUUGGCACACAAAUCGAUUUAAGAGAUGACGCAGCGACCAUUGAAAAAUUAGCAAAAAAUAAACAAAAGCCAAUAACAGGUGAACAAGGAGAGAAACUUGCGAAAGAAUUGAAAGCAGUUAAAUAUGUAGAAUGUAGUGCUCUUACGCAGAAAGGUCUAAAGAAUGUUUUUGACGAAGCAAUCUUAGCAGCCUUAGAACCACCAGAACCAGUUAGAAGAAGACGAUGCGUUGUCUUGUAGGACGUGAUUGCCUCCAUAUCGAACGAUUGGCUCAAUAUUGUCGAAGAUUGUGAGUUUUAUCGUACGGUGCAUGCAGAUUAUUUUAUUGAAGCAAUAACCACACACUGAAUAAGACAAAACAAGGCUUAACAAAUAACGUGUUGAAUAUCAAAGAAUGAAUAUAUGCCUAACGUUAAUAUAAAGGCAUUGUUUAUCCUAAAAUGAUAUUUAAAAAAAAAAAAAACAAACAAAAAAAAAAGAGAACUUGGAAAGUCAAGUGAAAUUUUGUAUUGAAAAAAAAAAUCGAUACGGCAAUUACAAACUAUUUGCAUGUUUGCAUUUCUCCUUAAUAAUUAGGGGGUAUUAUACUUUUGUAACUGUAUAAAAUGUCGAUCGCAACACGCAGAUGUGGAUAACCAUACUUUUGUACAUAUAAAUUACAUAAACUUAUUUAUCUUA